UAAGAGUAUGUAUUAAAAAUAACUCUCAUGUAUUCACCAUAAUAACUAAAAUGUCAAAAUAUUUAACAUUAAAUUAUUCGCCGGUUUAUAAUAUUUCGAAGAAUUUUUUUAAAAAAAGUUUUGCUAUAAAGUAUUACUCAGGAAUAAUGCAGGAAAACACAAUUGAAAUUAAGUCAUUGUUAGAAAGCAUAAAACGUAUUGUUCCAAGAUUAAAUGAUGAUAAACAUAAAGGGCAAGCUGGAAGAAUUGGAGUGAUAGGUGGUUCUUUAGAAUACACAGGAGCACCAUUUUUUGCUGCUAUAAGUGCUUUAAGAGUUGGUGCUGACCUUGUUCAUAUAUUUUGUCAACAUUCUGCAGCACCUGUUAUAAAAUCUUAUAGUCCAGAGCUUAUAGUUCAUCCACUAUUGGAUUCUGAGAAUGCUUUGGAUCAAAUUGAACCAUGGUUGGAAAGGUUACAUGUUUUGGUAGUAGGUCCAGGAUUAGGACGUGACAGAAACGUAAUGCAAACUGUUGCACAAAUAAUUAGAUUUGCUCGGAAAGCAUCUAAACCUCUAGUAAUCGAUGCUGACGGACUUCAUUUGAUACAACAACAUAAUGAUUUAAUAAAAAAUUAUGAUAAAGUUAUACUAACGCCCAAUGCUAUUGAAUUUUCAAGGUUAUUCGGUAGCGAACGGGAAUUGAUUCCGAAUCGUAUAAAACUUUUUGGAACUGGUGUAACUAUUUUGGAAAAAGGGCGGAAUGAUAGAAUAUAUAUGCCAAAAACAAAUGAAAAAUUUGAAUUACCGCCCGGUGGUUCCGGUCGCCGUUGCGGUGGACAAGGUGAUUUACUAGCCGGGGCUUUAGCUACGUUUUAUCAUUGGGCAUUAGAAUCUGAAGAGCAAAACCCAGAACUAUUAGCUAUAUCAGCAGCCAGUUAUUUAAUAAAACAAAGUAACUCAUACGCAUUUCAAAAAUUUGGUAGAAGCGUUUUAGCUUCAGAUAUGAUUAAAGAAAUUCAUAAUGUAUUUGAUGAUUAUUUUGAGCCUCCAGAAUUAGGGGUCUGAACGUAAUAAGUGAUGCACGUUAAAAAUUGAAUAUAAAUAGGUGGUGGCCCAGAAUUUUUAAACAUUAUUAUGUUUAUUAAGCGUACUGAAACGAACUGAAGCUAAGCCAUUUCUAUUUUCAAUUUCAAAAAUUUGUACUUUAUUGAAAGAAAAUUUAAAAAAAAACAAUAAAGCAAAGAAAUUAAAAUAGAAGUAAAAUUUUUAAACGUUAAAUAUAAUUAAUAUCGUAAAACCAA